AUGAGAGUGUCAGGUGUGCUUCGCCUCCUGGCCCUCAUCUUUGCCAUAAUCACGACAUGGAUCUUUGUUCGAAGUUACAUGAGCUUCAGCACGAAAACCAUCCGUCUGCCACGCUGGUGGGGUGAGUGGGGCUCAAUGCUGGGGGCAGGAACUGCAGACCAUGCCUGGAGGAUGAAGACAUAUUCUGUCUUCUCUCCAGAACCACCAUCCACCAAGGAGAACCAGGUUGUAAAGUACAAGUGUGGCCUCAUCAAGCCCUGCCCAGCCAACCACUUUGCAUUUAAAAUCUACAGCGGGGCAGCCAACGUCGUGGGCCCUUCUAUGUGCUUUGAAGGCCACAUGAUCAUGAGUCCUGUGAAAAACAACGUGGGCAGAGGCCUAAACAUCGCCCUGGUGAAUGGAACCACAGGAGCUGUGCUGGGACAGAGGGCAUUUGACAUGUACUCUGGAGAUGUUAAGCACCUAGUGAAAUUCCUUAAAGAAAUUCCAGGGGGUGCACUUGUGCUGGUGGCCUCCUACGACGACCCAGGGACCAAAAUGAAUGAUGAAAGCAGGAAACUCUUCUCUGACUUGGGGAGUUCCUACGCAAAACAACUGGGCUUCCGGGACAGCUGGGUCUUCAUAGGAACCAAAGGCCUCAGGGGUAAAAGCCCCUUUGAGCAGUUCUUAAAGAACAGCCCAGACACAAACAAAUAUGAGGGAUGGCCAGAGCUGCUGGAGAUGGAGGGCUGCUUGCCCCCGAAGCCAUUUUAGAGUGGCUGUGGCUCUUCCUGAGCCAGGGGCCUGAAGAAGCUCCUGCCUGACUUAGGAGUCGGAGCCCGGCAGGGACUGAGGAGGAGGAGCAGGGGGUGCCGCGUGGAAGUCACUGCCGGUCCUUGCAUGCUGUGUCGCACUUUCCCUCCUCGGAAACAGAACCCUCCCACAGGGCAUCCCACCCGGGAGACCAGCCACAGUGCAUCCCACCCGGGAGACCAGCCUCAGGGGAGACCUUCUGGAACCAGCUGUCUGUGGAGAGAACAGGGUGCUUUCAUCAGGGACUGCUGGCAGCCGGUCCUGAGGAAGGACCGACUGCUCUGACUUGAGCCCAAUUAAAUUUUAUUUUUGCUGGUUUUGAAUGAACUUUCUGACCACUCCAGUGGCCACGUUUCUCCCUGGGAUUGAACUGCUCCAGACUCAGCAUGGGCCACGGGUUCAGACAGGUCGGUGACAGCUUCAGGCUCCCCCUUAGGCAGCUGUG